UCUCUCUCCUCCCUCGCAGCCUCCCGACCGGCCGACAGCUCCCCGGCGUUCAGCCUUCGCCGCCGCCACCGGCGCCGGCUCCUCCUCUUCGAGCCUCGGAACAAGAUGACAGGCGGGCGGCGGCGCUGGGGCCGGCGGUGGCGGCGCGGAGGCUCCUCGCUCCGGCUGACACGGGAGACGGCAAAAUAAGGUGAAUUGCACAAGGCUCACGGCAAAGGGCAGCGGGCACCACAAAGCAGAAAAUGAAUUUUCCGGCCAGACAUAUGACUGACCUGCCUCCCUCGUUCUUAACACUGAAGCCAGAUUGUUUUAACUAAAGAUGGAAACACUGGAGUCGGAACUGACUUGUCCAAUUUGCUUAGAGUUGUUUGAGGACCCCCUCCUUCUGCCGUGCGCUCACAGCCUCUGCUUUAGCUGCGCCCAUCGCAUCUUGGUCUCCAGCUGCUCCUCUGGCGAGAACCUUGAGCCCAUCGCUGCCUUCCAGUGCCCCACUUGCCGACAUGUCAUCUCCCUUAACCAUCGGGGCCUAGAAGGCCUUAAGCGCAAUGUGACCUUGCAGAAUAUCAUCGACCGAUUCCAAAAGGCCUCUCUGAGUGGGCCCAGUUCCCCUAGUGAGAACUACCGUGAGAGAACCUAUCGCCACAGCCCGACCAUGUCGACAGUGGUGGACCGGAUUGCUUGCCAGUUCUGCGAGCAGGACCCUCCCCGUGACGCCGUCAAGACCUGCAUUACUUGCGAGGUGUCCUACUGUGACCGCUGCCUGCGGGCCACCCACCCCAAUAAGAAGCCAUUCACCAGCCACCGGUUGGUGGAACCUGUGCCGGACACUCACUUCCGGGGGCUGAUGUGCCUUGAGCACGAGAAUGAGAAAGUGAACAUGUACUGUGUGGCUGAUGACCAGCUCAUCUGUGCCUUAUGCAAACUGGUGGGGCGGCACCGGGAUCACCAAGUGGCGUCCCUGAGUGACCGGUUUGAGAAACUGAAGCAAACUUUGGAGAUGAACCUCACCAACUUGGUGAAACGCAAUAGUGAGCUAGAGAACCAGAUGGCCAAACUGAUACAGAUCUGUCAGCAGGUGGAGGUAAACACAGCCAUGCAUGAGGCCAAACUGAUGGAGGAAUGCGAUAAGUUAGUGGACAUCAUCCGCCAGCGCAAGCAAGUGAUCGCUGUCAAGAUCAAAGAGACGAAGGUGAUGAAGCUGAGGAAACUAGCCCAGCAGGUAGCCAACUGCCGGCAGUGCCUGGAACGGUCCACGGUCCUCAUCAACCAAGCUGAACACAUCUUGAAAGAGAGCGAUCAUGCACGGUUCCUGCAAACAGCGAAGAAUGUGGCAGAAAGGGUUGCCAUGGCAACUGCGUCCUCUCAAGUUUUGAUCCCCGAUAUCAAUUUUAACGAUGCCUUUGAAAACUUUGCUUUAGAUUUUUCCAGAGAGAAGAAAUUGCUGGAGGGGUUGGAUUAUCUAACAGCACCCAACCCACCCUCUGUCCGUGAAGAGCUUUGCACCGCCUCCCAUGACACCAUCACUGUCCACUGGAUCUCAGAUGAUGAGUUCAGCAUCAGCUCAUAUGAGCUCCAGUAUACCAUCUUCACCGGCCAGGCCAACUUUAUCAGUCUCUACAAUUCUAUGGACAGCUGGAUGAUCGUCCCCAACAUCAAGCAGAACCAUUAUACAGUGCAUGGGUUGCAAAGCGGCACGCGCUAUAUCUUCCUCGUCAAGGCAAUCAAUCAGGCUGGCAGCCGCAAUAGUGAGCCCGCAAGGCUCAAGACUAAUAGCCAGCCUUUCAAGCUGGACCCUAAAAUGGCUCAUAAGAAGUUGAAGAUCUCCAAUGAUGGACUUCAGAUGGAGAAAGAUGAAAGCUCCCUAAAAAAGAGUCACACCCCCGAGAGAUUUAGUGGAACAGGCUGCUAUGGAGUCACGGGGAAUGUGUUCAUCGACAGCGGCUGUCAUUACUGGGAAGUAACUCUAGGAACCUCCACUUGGUACGCCAUUGGCAUUGCCUACAAAUCAGCCCCUAAGAAUGAGUGGGUCGGCAAGAACUCCUCCUCUUGGGUUUUCUCCCGCUGUAACAACAGUUUUGUAGUGCGGCAUAACAACAAGGAGAUGCUGCUUGACGUUCACCCCCAAAUGAAGCGCUUGGGCAUCCUCCUGGACUAUGACAAUAAUGUCUUCUCCUUCUACGACCCUGCCAACUCGCUCCAUCUCCAUACCUUUGAGAUUGCUUUCAUCCUGCCUGUCUGCCCUACCUUUACCAUUUGGAACAAAUCGUUAAUGGUGGCCACGGGUCUUCCUGCCCCAGACUUUAUAGACUACCCGGAACAGCAGGAAUGCAACUGCCGGCCUCAAGAGUCCCCCUACGUAUCAGGAAUGAAAACCUGCCAUUGAGGACCCAAGAAGACCUGUCUUUUCCAGCCAAAUCUCUGGAGCAAUUGUGCAACUAGACGGGGCAAUGACUUCAUGGGUGUUUGGAGGCAGUCGGCAGCCUGCUAACCUCUCUCUUACUGAAAGUCCACCAUUCAUGGUGCACCCUCUUCAAGGAGUGUGGGUGAUAUUUCAUGGACCAGAUUUUUAAAACUUAAUUUUAUUUUAUUUUAAUUUUUUUUUUUUUUGAUAGCACUACUGAAUUGUCUCCAACGGAGUUGGCGUGUCUUGUUUGUUCCUGACGAGAGGAAGGGUACCAUGGCAGGGUAUGGAGAUGGGUCGUGCCAUCUCAACUGCAUGGGAAUCCAAAGUGCAACAUGGGUUUUGACAGCAAUCCUAGGGGCCCCCAUCAGGUCUAUGGCCUAUCAUCUGGGGAGAAUUGGAACCAAACAAAAUUGGAACCCAAGCCAUUGCCUAGAAAAUACAGAUCUGAGUCACCUAUUACCCCAUAACAAUUGUAUAUGGGGGAGGGCGGGCAGAAUGAAUUUAGCGCUCUGCAAAUGUUCCUCUUGCACAUUAACAGACACAUGGAAAAGGGACUUAGCCCGUAUGCAAUGGCCCUAUCCCCAAAUUUUGUCAUUUGCCAUGUUUCUUCCAAAUCAUGUAUACUCAAGCACAGUGGCUGUAAGUGAGGAUUGGCCCAUAAACCGCUGCAUGUAAAUCAGUUUCCUUUGGCAGAUGUUACACUGAACAUACAGAGGCAUGAGGAGAACAGUGGUGCUCUCUGAGUCCAGCCCACUUUCUUCCAAACCCAGUUUGAAUGAAUAGAAAUAAGACCCACGUAGACCUACUAUAUGCACCCAGCGUGAAGGUGUUGGAAAAGCUUGGCUAACUAGAGCUUUGUUUGUGCACUUUUACACACAGUGGGAGCCCACUGCUGCUGCUGGUGAUAGCAGACUAACUCUUCUUCCUACCCAGAAGUGCCUUCUGGGCAAGGAAUUUUGUAAACAAGUGGAAAGUCCAAGAGCUGUAAGGAAUGCAUUUUAUUCAGAAAAUGGGUGGUGUGGUACUGGCCUAAAAGCUAGAAUAACUUCAGGAUGUUGGCUUUUGAGAUGCAACAGAUUCACGUCUUUGGGUCACAGCAGACUCUGCCUGGGAUUUUAGUAGAAGAAAAGAGGCCAGUACCCAACUCAACCCAACCCAACCCAACCCAACUCAACCCAAUGCAGGAAGUGUAAGAGGAGGGAUUUUAGUUUAGGAGAAUCUUGGAACCAACAGUGUAUUUGGUAAUGUUAGCAUCUCCAGACUGGUGGUAUCCAAAAGGAUUCUUCCAUCUAUUUGUCCCAUCAUCUGAUUCAGAUCAUUUGAUCUGAGGUUGGUUGUCCUUUUUUCUGGGACGAGGCAUCCUUGCUGUUUCCUCCUCUAGAGCUUCCCAUCCUAGUCGAAGCAAGUCAGCUGAUUCAAUUAUGUCCCAGGAGGGACAGACUAAACUUCAGCCUAUUGGAGAGGGGAGAGCAUUGCAAGGGUCCAAAAUGUAUCCAGGAAAUCUCCCAGAGGUGGUUUGGCCUUUUAAUUUAAUCCUGCCCCACUAAAUUGUUAAAUAUUGCACUGCAUAACAUAGGCCAUUGUAACUGCUGAAUUUCUUGGCGUGGCUUGGAUACCUGAAAUGACAGGCAUCCCGUGGAAGGACCGCUUGUGAUAUACGAAAAGAUGGGAACUGUAAUCCCCCAACUGUACACCCCAAACUGGGGGAAGCUGCUUUAGACUGCAGCCCAUUGCCGUGGCUUCCAGAAAAGUCAUACCAGAUCAUUCAGCGCCCGGUUGCAAAAUGGCACCAACUGCCAUACGGAAGAAAGCUUGGUUUCCUUCUUUGUUCAGUAUGCUCAACAUUUGGGCCUUUUCUUCCUUGGGGGAACGUGGCUUCUGAUGCUUUGGGGGUGGGAGGGGUCAAAGAAAAACAUUGGAGAGCAUGAUAUUAUUCAGGUUUGUAUUGAGUUUGCCCUCAGGUUCUGUCAUAAAAUGCAGGGAGAAGUUGACUGAGAUGUUGGCAGAUCAAUUGUAAUUCCUUUGGAAGUUUUCGGUGGGAAGCCUUUGUUACAAAAAAAGUAGCCAUCAUACCACAGUAUUUGAUGUUCUAUAUCUAUGGGCAGGUGCCCUGCAAGGUUUCCUCUACAGCAAUGGUCAAGACUUUUAUGAUUGCUGCUAAAUUUGUCACUCCUGAAACCUGUAAGGUCAGCUACAAAGAUCAAUUUCCUUCAAGUUGCAUGACUGAAAUGGCUCAUUGUUUUAGAGCGAGGGUGGGUUUGUUUUGUUUUGUUUUUUUAAAAAAAUUGGGUCAGUCCAAAGGAGUGGCCUGGAAUAAAUGAGAGGGCAUCCUUACCAUCAAUGAGCUUGUGCCCAGAUAUCAAAAUUCAA